AUGGCAGACGAAACGACCGAUUCCAAGCCCGUCUCGGAGACUUUGCCCGAUGCCCCAGAAGCUGCCCCUGCUAAGCAGUCGGUGCACUCUUUCAAGAAGAAAUAUGCCAAGUUGAAAAUGAAAUUCACCAAGCAAGAGCUGGAAAGCGAGGCUUUGAUCCGCGAAGAGCUCCGCAUCGAAGACCUUUCCAAGCGCAUUCAAGAACAGAACGACCAAUUGCUUGAAAUUCUCCUCGAGUUCAACGACAGUCUCCAUGUAUCCCCAUCUCUACGAUACGACUUGACCAUGCCCGACGAUGCCACUUUCCUUCCACCCGCCGAACAAGAGAUCGCGCCCCUGAUCAAUGACGCGACUCUCGCCCGAACCGCAUUGAAGGAGGCCAAAUCCGAGUUAGCCAACGGCAACCUCUCUACAAGUGCUUAUCGACAGGUAGAAGAGAGCGUGAAGCGGAACAAGGACUUUGUUCCGGCGAUGCAGUACCGUAAAUUGAUUCAAGUCCCCCACACCUCAGCCGGUGCUCCAGAUCAAGAACAAGGAUCCAAUGGUGUCAGGCGCACGCUCGGGUAUCUCACACCCGAGCGUGAGACAGAAUACUAUCUAGCACUGGAUGCCAAACUAGGCGAUGAGACGGCCAUAUCGCAAGUCGCGCGUAUCCCCGACCCACCCACAUUUGCCGAGCGAGAGCGAGAGGCUGUUCUGCGGAAUCCCGCCUCAGUGUAUAACUGGCUGCGACGCAAUCAACCGCAGGCCCUGCAGGAUCACGAGGUUGCAUCGGAGAAGUCCACGUCACGCCCAUCUAACGCGCGCUCCUCGAAGCGAGCCCCUGCACAGCGCAAGGAAGAGGAGGCCUUUGAUGAGGAUGGGAUGGAAGUGGAACCUACACCGAAGAACAAGCGUAAGCGUGAUGAGGAUUCCGGGUACCGGCCCAAGGGAGGCAACAACCGUUCAAAGAAAAAGAAGGAUGAGCCUACUGCUGCCAAGAGCAAUGCUAAGAAGGCAUGA